AUGAUUGAUCGUGACUUCCUUGGUCAUGAAGUAAGGAUGGCAGCGACGGACUUCAUCGCUCAGGAAAUGAAGAUAGCAGCGAGCAGCGAGGCACUUGUUGACCCGAGAAGUGUGGAUGGCAGCGUGGCACUUGAUGACUCGGGAAGUGUGGAUGGCAGCGUGGCACUUGAUGACUCGGGAAGUGUGGAUGGCAGCGUGGCACUUGAUGACUCGGGGAGUGUGGAUGGCAGCGUGGCACUUGAUGACUCGGGAAGUGUGGAUGGCAGCGUCGCACUUGAUGAUUCGGGAAGUGUGGAUGGCAGCGUCGCACUUGAUGACUCGGGAAGUGUGGAUGGCAGCGUGGCAUUUGAUGACUCGGGAAGUGUGGAUGGCAGCGAGGCACUUGAUGACUCGGGAAGUGUGGAUGGCAGCGUGGCACUUGAUGACUCGGGAAGUGUGGAUGGCAGCGAGGCACUUGAUGACUCGGGUAGUGUGGAUGGCAGCGUGGCACUUGAUGACUAG